AUACCUAUACUUCUCCAACGUUUGGCCCUAAAGAAAGAAAGAAAGAAAGAAAGGUCUAGAGAGGUUGUUUUUGGUUGAGGGAGAGACAAAAUGGAUAGGUAUCAGAAAGUGGAGAAGCCAAGGGCAGAGGAACCAAUUAAGGAGAAUGAGAUCAGAGUGACAGCACAAGGUCUUAUUCGUAAUUACAUUAGCUAUGCCACCACUCUUCUUCAGGACCAACAAACAAAGGAAAUUGUUUUGAAGGCAAUGGGACAGGCUAUCAGUAAAACAGUUGCCAUUGCAGAGAUUAUAAAGAAGAGAGUUCCUGGGUUGCAUCAAGAUACAUCUAUCAGCUCAACUACCAUAACUGACGCAUAUGAGCCCCUUGAAGAGGGUCUACAACCGUUGGAGAUGACUCGCCAGGUCUCGCUAAUAACAAUUACUUUGUCGACUGCUGAGUUGAAUAAAAGCUCUCCUGGCUACCAAGCUCCAGCUCGUUUUGAUCAGUCAGGAGCAGAGAAUCAACAACUGCAGCAAGCAAAACAAGCCUAUGCCCCUUCUGAUUUUAAUCAAGAUUCUUAUGGUAUCCGUGGUCGAGGCCGAGGUAGGGGCAGAGGCAGAGGACGGGGAAGGGGACGUGGCAGGGGUGGUUAUGGAAACUACUACCAAGAUGAUGGUGGAUAUUAUAAUCCAGGUCGAGGUGGUGGAUUUGCAGAUGAUGGUGGAUAUUAUAACCCAGUUCGAGGUGGUGGAUUUGCAGAUGAUGGUGGAUACUCUCACCCCGGUCGAGGUGGUGGCCGGGGCAGAGGUUGGGGAUACCGUGGCACGGGAUACGGAAGGGGCAGAGGUGGAGGCUGGAGUGGUGGCAGAGGUUAUAGUCGUGGACGAGGCCGGAUGGGUGGUCGGGGAGGAAGGGGUGGUGGAAACCAAUAUAUGCAAGAGUUUACUGUCAGAGGUUAAAACUAUAGCUUGGUAGGAAGAAAUAUUGCAUAACCUUUGUUAUAGUGUGAAACUCUUUGAGUGAACUUUCAUGCAGUUUUGUUUAUGUUACUUGGCAAAGGUUUUGUUGUUUUGGUUGGUUUCUUUUGCUUUAGUUGGAGAGCCAUUUUGUUGGUUCUUGUUUCCUCAUGAUUCAUUUAUUUUGAUGCCAUGUAAUAAGUUUUCAUUUUUUCAGUGUA